UAAAAGAGCACUGACAGCAGAUCAGGAUCAGACAGGAGGAUGAGUAGUACUCUGCCCUGGCUGGUGGCCUUUCUGGCCUUUGCUUCUCUCACUUUUUUGGCCGAUGGAGCUCCAUUGCAAGUGAUGUCUGCCCCCAACUUGUUGCGGGUAGGAACGGCAGAAAAAAUCUUUGUGGAGUGUCAAGACUGCACAGGAGGAGACAUUCCUGUUGAAAUCAUUGUGAGGAACCAUCCGACUAAAACCAAAAGACUGGCAAACACAACUGUGACCCUCACUGGUGCACAAAAUUUCCAGGCACUUGGAGAAAUAAACAUCCCUGUUCGUGACUUCAGUAAGGAUCCCAUCAUUAAACAGUAUGUGUACCUGCAAGCACAGUUUCCUGGCCGACUGCUGGAGAAAAUCGUCUUAGUGUCCUUCCAAUCUGGAUACAUCUUCAUCCAGACUGACAAGACCCUCUAUACACCCAACAGCAAUGUUAAUUACAGGAUGUUUGCAUUGACGCCUCGUAUGGAGCCUAUAGAGAGGGAAGGAACCACCCAAAGUCCUGCUUCUAUUACGGUUGAGAUUGUGACCCCUGGAGGAAUAGUUUUAUCACCCAACACUGGUUCAGUCUCUCUAAAUUCAGGAAUCCAUUCUGGAGUUUAUAAACUUUCUGAAAUUGCCAGUCUUGGACUCUGGAAGGUGGUGGCAAAGUUUCACAGCAACCCACAACAGAUCUACUCUGCAGAGUUUGAGGUCAAAGAAUAUGUGCUGCCUAGCUUUGAGGUGAAACUGACGUCUCAGAGCCCCUUCUUCUACGUGGACAGUGAGGUUUUCGAAGUCGACAUCAAGGCUGAAUAUCUAUUUGGUGAAGAGGUGAAUGGGAUGGCCUAUGUGGUAUUUGGGGUUAUGCAUGAGGGUGGAAAAAAGAGCUUUCCAAGUUCUCUUCAAAGAGUGCCGAUCAUGAAAGGUAAUGGAGUGGUUACACUGGAGAGAAAGCACAUCACAGAGAAAUUCAACAUUGAACAACAGCUAGUCGGAAGUUCCAUAUAUGUAGCUGUCACUGUGCUGACAGAGAAUGGUAGUGAAAUGGUGGAGGCAGAGUUGAGAGGUAUCCAGAUUGUCACAUCACCGUACACCAUCCACUUCAAGAGAACGCCCAAAUACUACAAACCAGGAAUGUCCUUUGAUGUUACGGUUGAAGUUGUAAAUCCUGAUGACUCUCCUGCAGAUAGUGUUGACGUAGUGGUUGAUCCAGGCCAGGUGCAAGGCUCCACUGCAGCCAAUGGCUUGGCAAGGCUUACCAUCAAUACAGAUGCUGGGACUAGCAGACUGACAGUCACCGCAAAGACCAAUGUUCCUGGUAUUACACGUGAAAGGCAAGCAACAGCCACCAUGGAAGCUCUCCCAUAUAAGACCACAAACAACAACUACAUUCACAUAGGUGUGGAUGCAGCCGAGCUGAAAUUAGGAGACAACCUGAAAGUCAGCUUCAUCUUUGGCGGGCAGCAAAGUCAAACCCGUAACUUCACAUACCUGAUCUUGAGCAAAGGUCAGCUUGUGAAACGUGGUCAUGGCAAAGUAAGUGACAAACUGUUUUCUAAGAUGGUUCUCAUAACCAAAGAAAUGCUGCCAUCGUUCCGCAUCAUAGCCUACUUCCAUACGGAUGAUAACGAAGUGGUAGCAGACUCUGUUUGGGUGGAUGUCAAGGACUCCUGCAUGGGCUCGUUGAAGUUGGAAAUAUCAAAACCUUCUACAGUCUAUUCGCCUAGCAAGACUUUGUAUCUGAAGGUCACUGGAGACCCAGAAGCCAAAGUGGGAAUGGUGGCAGUUGACAAAGGUGUCUACGUCCUAAACAACAAGCACCGCCUCACCCAGAAGAAGGUGUGGGACAUUGUCGAAAAGUACGACACAGGCUGCACACCAGGUGGAGGAAAGGACAGCAUGAGUGUGUUCUAUGAUGCUGGGCUGUUGUUCGAGUCCAACACUGCUUCUGGGACUCCCUACAGACAAGAAUUGAAAUGUCCGGCCCACAGCAGGAGGAAACGCACAACUAUUAUGGACGUCAUUACUAGCUUAGCAAGUCAAUAUAAUGACCCACUACAACGUGAGUGUUGUAAGGAUGGCAUGGUGGACCUCCCUCUUUCAUACUCCUGUGAAGUGCGAAGUGAAUACAUUGGAGAUGGAGCCGCCUGUGUUGAGGCCUUCUUGCACUGCUGCAAAGAGAUGGAAAACCAGCGGGCUGAGAGGAGGCAGGAUAGUCUCCAACUGGCUCGCAGUGAGGAGGAUGACAAAAAUUAUAUGGACAGCAAUGAAAUUGUUACUCGCACCAAGUUCCCUGAAAGUUGGCUGUGGAAAGAUAUCAACCUGCCUGCCUGCUCUCAACAAAUACCAAACUGUCGAACUACAUCAGUUGUGGAAGUAGUUCGUUUGCAAGAUUCAAUCACAACCUGGCAGUUCACUGGCAUUAGUUUGUCAAGAACUCACGGAAUCUGUGUUGGUAAGUCCUUGGAGGUCAUUGUCCGGAAGGAGUUCUUCAUUGAUCUCAGAUUGCCGUACUCUGCUGUCCAAGGAGAGCAGCUGGAAGUUAAAGCAAUCCUCCACAACUACAGCCCUGAUGAAAUCACUGUGCGUGUGGAUCUGACUGAGACAGAGCAUGUGUGCAGUGUAGCCUCUAAACAUGGAAGGUAUCGUCAGGAAGUCAAGAUGGGGGGCCUAACUACACUAUCUGUACCCUUUAUCAUUAUUCCGAUGAAGGAUGGACAAUAUUCCAUUAAGGUCAAAGCAAUUGUUAAGGACUCAGGGUUCAACGAUGGAAUCGAGAAGAAGCUGCGGGUGGUGCCUCCUGGUGUUUUUGUGUCCUUUUCUGAAAAUUUUAUUUUAAAUCCAGCUGAAAAGGGUGAAGGUCAUAUACAAAAGAAAAUGAGGAGUCAAAUUUCCAUGAAAGAUGUAGUUCCAAAAACACCUCGUAAAACAGAAAUCUUUGUGAGAGGGAGAGAACAAGUAGCUGGGCUGGUAGAGAACGCCAUUAGUGGGAACUCUAUGGGUACUCUGAUCAUACAGCCCUCAGGCUGUGGAGAGCAGAACAUGAUCUACAUGACCCUGCCCCUCAUUGCAGCCAUAUAUUUGGACAAAACCAACCAGUGGGAAACUGUGGGCUUGGGGAAACGUUACGAAGCCCUCCAACAUAUCAAGACCGGUUACGAAAAUGAGCUUAACUUCCGUAAAGAUGAUGGGUCUUUUGCAGUGUACCACGACACAGAAAGUAGCACCUGGCUGACAGCCUAUGUUGCCAAGGUAUUUGCCAUGGCCAGCAGUUUGGUGGCAGUACAGGACAACAUCAUCUGUGAUGCUGUCAAGUUUCUGAUUCUCAAUGCACAGCAGCCUGGCGGCAUGUUUAUAGAAGUUGGACAGGUGUACAGUUCUAUGCUGAAUGGUGACGUGGAGGGCAGAGAUUCAGAGGCCUCCAUGACGGCCUUCUGCCUUAUUGCCAUGCAGGAAUCAUAUAGUGUGUGUAAUAUCCCAAAUUUAUCAAGCAGCAUAAACAAAGCGGUGGCUUACCUGGAAAAUCGCCUGCCCAGCCUCACCUACUCAUAUGCUGUUGCCAUGACAUCAUAUGCCCUGGCCAAUGCAAACAAACUGAAUAAGAAGAAACUCAUGGACUUUGCUUCCGCAGAUUUAUCCCACUGGCCAGUAUCCAAGGGAAAUGUUUACACACUGGAGGCCACAGCUUAUGCUCUUCUUGCUCUGGUCAAGGUUAAGGCUUUUCAAGAUGCCAGACGUGUUGUCAGAUGGUUCAAUGAACAGCAGAGGCAAAGCGGAAACUAUGGGUCAACUCAGGCUACCAUGAUGGUGUACCAAGCUACAGCUGAGUACUGGGCCAUUGCUCCAGAACCACCUUAUAAUCUGAGUGUAGACAUAGAGUUGCCAGGCAGGUCACUGCCACUCAAAUAUGUUUUCGACCAGGGACACUUCGCUACAAGGACAUCUAAUAUGAACUAUAUAAACAAGGAUGUGACAGUGACUGCCACAGGCACCGGAGAAGCAAUAAUGACAAUGGUAUCGUUUUAUUAUGCUCUCCCUAAAGAAAAGGAAAACAACUGUCAGAAUUUUAACUUGUCAGUGCAGCUCAUCCAAGCUGAAACGGACAGUGAGACAUACAAGCUGAAAAUAAAUUACUUUUUUAAGAACAAGACGCAUGAUGCGGGCAUGUCGAUCUUGGAUAUUGGCUUGUUAACCGGCUUCACUGCUGACACAAAUGACCUGAAAUUACUUUCCAGUGGACAUGCGAAAACCAUGUCAAAAUUUGAGAUGAACACAGCCCUGUCAGAAAAAGGCUCCCUCAUCAUCUACCUGGACAAGGUUUCCCACACACGAGAAGAAGAGAUCACAUUUCAUGUCAAUCAGAAACACAAAGUGGGUGUCUUUCAACCAGCUGCCGUGUCCAUCUAUGAAUACUAUGAACAAACACCUUGUGUAAAAUUCUACCAUCCAGAGAGGAGAAGUGGAGAGCUACUGCGGCUCUGUAAAAAAGAUGUAUGCACAUGUGCUGAAGAGAACUGCAGUAUGCAGAAGAAGGGCAACAUCGACAAUCGUCUGCGCACAGAGAAGUCAUGUGAGACGACUCCGACCAGCAAAAUAGUUUUUGUGUACAAAGUGAGUCUGGAAAAGACUGAAAAUGGUUUGUCUACCGACAUCUACACAAUGCGGGUACUGAAAGUUAUCAAAGAAGGAAGUUCUGAUGUGAAUCAUGAAGGCCAACUGCGCACAUUCCUCAGUUUUCCGCACUGCAGGGUAGCUUUAGAUCUGGUAAAAGGCAAAAACUACCUUAUCAUGGGGACGUCCAAAGAUAUUCACAGAGAUGAUGAAAAUAAUUCGUUUCUGUAUGUACUCGGUGAGACAACUUGGAUUGAAUACUGGCCCACAGAUGCAGAGUGUCAAAUGAAGGAACACAAAGAGACCUGUGAGGGCCUGGAGCAGAUGCAACGGAAAUAUGAAGAUAAAGGAUGUGAAGAGUAGAUGUGUUGGAAGUAAAAUUUUACAGCUUUUACUGCUUUGAUUAAAUGCAAUGGUCUUAA